UUAAAUAAUCUCUCACCAACUACCUUACAGCUUCACAUCUCCCAAUUAGAUCGUGCCUGCUCAUUCGUCAGUGCAAUUAUAACAAAAAAUCAAGGGCCCGAAGCCCGCAGUGAAUUUUGAUACCGCUAAUAAAUUUGGAGAAGAGAAGAGAAACUAAUGGUUUUUCAUCUUUCAAGGUGUUGACGAGCAAGAAAGUCGAAAGUCGACGGCAAUUGCUUGGUCACUGGAUAUCAGGAAAACCAAUCUUCUGAAAAGAAGCAAUUCGGUCGAGGGGAGAGAAUGACGAAGAGGAAGACUGCCGACGAACCACAGCCUCUGAAUCCGUCGUCUUCAAAGCGUCCCCGGUUCGAUUUCGACGUGUUCAUGAGCUUCAGGGGGGAGGACACUCGGAAGGGCUUCUCCGGCCACCUCUACGAAGCACUGAAGCAGCGAGGCGUAAAUGUCUUCAUAGACAGUCAGGGCUUGGAGAAGGGCAAAAAGGUGGAGGAGCUGUUCAGAUUCAUUCAAGGCUCUGAGAUCUUCAUACCCAUCUUCUCCAAGGGCAACGCUGAAUCAAAAUGGUGUCUGAUGGAGAUCGCCAAGAUCGUGGAGUGCGGGAGGUUGGUGCUCCCCAUCUUCUACGACGUGGAGCCUCGGGAGGUGAGGAAUGUCAAGGGUCCAUUCGAAGCUGCGUUCAGGAAGCACGAUGAGGAUGAAGAGUUGAAGGCGAAGACGAAGGAAUGGAGGCAAGCCCUGAGGAGAGCAGGGGAGGUUUCUGGAUACGAUCUGAAGACAGAGACCCAGGGGCAUGAGGCAAAGCUUAUUCAAGUUGUUGUCAAGAGGGUUCUUAGUGAAGUAAACAAGAUCCCACUUGAUGUCGCAGCACAUCCUGUGGGAAUGCAGCCUCGUGUAAAGGCCGUGAUGAAGCUGUUGGAUAUUGAAGCAGAUGAUGUUCGCAUUAUUGGUAUCUGCGGAGAAGGAGGGAUAGGAAAGACAACAAUUGCCAAGGCCGUGUACAAUGAGAUAUUUCUUAUUUUGAUGGAAGCAGUUUCGUUUCAGACAUUGCAGAAAUUUCCCCAAGUCCCAGUGGGCUUGUUACGUUGCAGACCCAGCUCAUUAGAGACCUUUUGAAAACCGAUGAUAUCGCUAUAAGCAGCACUGCACAUGGAAUUAACAUGAUCAGCAGGAGAAUUUCUCGUAAGAAAGUUCUGCUCAUUCUUGACAAUCAUUUAAAUCAACUCAAUGUAUUAGCAGCUAGGGAGACUGGUUUGGUCCAGGAAGCAGGAUAAUUGUCACAACCAGAGAGGAAGAAGUGCUACUUCAGCACCAAGUGACGAACAGUGAAAUUUACAAACCAAAAACAUUAAGUGCAGUACAAUCACUUCAGUUGUUCAAUUAUCACGCCUUUAUGGGAGACAAACGAGCAAAGGAAUAUGAAAAACUAUCUAAGAAAGUUGUGUUAACAAUGACUACCUUUAACCCUUCAAAUUUUUGGGUCCCACUUUUUUGAUAUUAGAGAUCAUGAAGACUGGGCAGAGAUGCUUGGAAAGCUGCACGAGUUUCAAGACAAAGAUAUAUUCGGCAGAUUGAAAAUAAGUUAUGAUAAGCUGGAUGAUGCAGAAAAGAGUAUACUGCUAGAUAUUGCUUGCUUUUUCGUGGGAAAGGGCAGAGAAAAUGCCUUUCAUAUGUGGAAGGACAGCAGACUUUACCCUGUUGCAACAAUUAGAACUCUUAUACACAAGUCUCUUAUUAAGAUCAGCAGUUUAACAGAUGAGUUUGAAAUGCAUGACCAAAUUCGAGAUAUGGCCAGAGAGAUUGUGUUACAAGAAGGACGUUCAGAUCCUGGAAAGCGUAGCAGGUUGUGGGAUCCUGAUGAGAUACUGGAUGUGUUAAAGAAUGCCGAGGGAUCAAGGAAGAUUGAAGGCAUUGUUUUCAACUCUAAAGAGGGAAGCAACACGCAUGUCAGCACCAAGGCCUUUAAAAAAAUGUUAAAUCUCAGAUUGCUUCAUGUCAAUGACACUCACAUACAGGGU